AUGCAAAACGUCGGCCAUGGCCUUCUCUCGCCGUUCCUUCCAGAAUUACCCCCUUCGAGUUCCUUCCGACAGUGCACAUACCUAGGCAUAACCAUUGACGCAGGGCUAUCGUGGUCGCCACAUGUCAGGGUCCUGUCUUCCAAAGCCAACAGCCUUGCAAAUGUGCUGCGCCGCAUCUCCGGCGCCUCCUGGGGGCCGUCGUACGCUGACCUCCGCCAUGUGCACAACUCGCUCACGCUGGGCGCUCUCCGCUACAGCCUCCCGGUCCUGCACGGUCUUGGCCGUACCGGAGAGAGGGAACUCUUAAACAUCCAGGCCCGUAGCCUCCGUAUCUGUCUCGGCGUCCCAAGGACGUCCGAAACCUUCUCGGUCCUUGCAGAGGCGGGAGAACCCCCGGCCCCCAUCCUCCGCGACAAGGAGACCCUCCGAACCUACGCGCGCUUCAUCACACGGCACCCCCUGCAUCAUCUGCGAACGAUACCGCAGAAGUACCCGGACUCUGCGUUCGGCGACGCCAUUCGCAGACUCAACGGGCGCCUUCCGCCUGCACCGGCGGGGUCGUUCGCACCCCCUAUGUGGACCUUCGACCGACCCACAACGAUAACACGCAUCCCCGGCCUCCCUCGCAAGCAUGACACACCCACGGGGGUCGCGCGGCAGCGUGCGUUGGAGCACAUUUACUCGCUUCAUGACCAGCGAGUACCCAUAUACACCGAUGGCUCGGUGAUACCAAGCGGGUCGGCAGCAGCCUUCUACGUGCCUCACGCCCACUGCAGCCAUGGGUUUAAACUGCCGUACGAGACUUCAUCCACCGAAACCGAAAUGAUCGCCAUUUAUGAAGCCCUGAAGUUCAUCUCGGCAUCCGUUCCCGCACCAUGGACCAUCUUCACAGACAGCAAGGCUGCGCUAGAAGUGCUGUCAUCAUUCUCGAUCCCCCUUGUUCAGGACAUUGGCGCGCUCAUCGUUCAGUGCCUCAGCCGUCUCGCCCGCGCGGGCCACAGCGUUUGGCUUCAGUGGGUCCCCGGUCACACAGGCCUCCCCGGCAACACAUCCGCCGACGCCGCUGCGAAGCAGGCCCACACCUCUGCACCAUUGUUAUCGGUCCCGCUAUCACCCUCGUCAUGCCGACUCCACAUACGCCGCAUGUGCGCCCAGCACACUCGCCUCUUCACUGAGAGUGCCGUCCCAGCCCGCACUUUCCUUCAUUCCAUCGAUCCCAAGAUGGAGCUCACCAUCCCACUGAGCCUCACUCGAAGGGAGAGCUCACUCCUUCACCGCUUACGACUCAACGUCGCUAAGACCCCAUCGCGCCAGUUCCUCAUGGGCAACAUAGGUUCUCCACUAUGCACGAAAUGUGGUGUGGUGGCGGACACUACCCACCUCCUCCUGCACUGCCGCCUUUACUCAUCAGCCAGAGCCGCACUUGAGCAACAGCUCACACACCUCGGCCUGCACCUCACGCUGCGGACCUUAUUCGGCACCGUCCAGUGGCACCGCCCGACAGUGCGAAGUCACCAGACUGCUCCUCCGGUACCUCGCUGCAACCGACCUACUGGUCGCCCUGUGAACCGGACUAUGCCCGCCUGGGUACUCUCUUUCUGA